AUGGAGCCCCACGACCUCGGCGCCUACGAGGACGGCGAGGACCACAGCUACCAGCCGUUGAGCUGGCGCACGGACCCGGCGACGUCCCUGAGCGACUGGGACGUCGUCGUGACCUGGGAGGCCGACGGCGGCGGCGAGGAGACGCGCACCUACCACGUCCACAAGCAGACGCUGGCCGUGGGCCCGCGGUCCGGGGCCUACUGGGCCAAGCUCUUCGCCCGCUGGGCCGACGGCACGGCGGCGAGCGAGAUGCGGUUGGACGCGGCGGCGGCCGCGUGCGUCCCAGCCCUGCUCGACUACCAGUACGACCCGCGGGGCGCGCUCGACGUCUCCACGGCGACGGCCAUGCCGCUCCUGCACCUCGCGAGCUACCUCGGCAUGCGGAGCCUCUACGACGCCCUCGUCGCCUUCGUGCAGCGCGACCUGCGGCCCGAGACGGCCGCGGCGUACGUCGCGGCGGCGGACCGCCGUGCGGACCGCUUCGGCCUCGACCGGUGCCGCGCGGCGGCGGUCAAGGUCUGCGCUUCGCACAUGGAGCACGCGCCGAGCCUCGAGGAGCUCGCGCCGGACCUCUUCCUCCUCGUGGCCUGCUCCGAGGAUCGGUGCUGCACGGGCGCGGCCUUUAGCCGCCGCGUCGCGUCGUACUACCGGACGCGCGCGUCGGACCUCGAGGACCCGGGCGACUUCCUGCGGGCCAUCGGCGCGCGGUGGCCCGGCGACGCCGUCGACCCGGGCGAGGCGCUCUUCCUCCUCGGCCACGCGCUCGACCACGGCGAGGCCGACCUCGCGGAGCGGUGCGUCGCGGCGAUGUCGCGGUCCUGGGAGCGCACGCUCUUCGAGGCCGAUCCCUGCCCGGACGGCGUGGACCCGGAGAUCCUCCGGGGCGUGCCGGGCUUCCCCGACGGGGCCGCGGCGGCGGCGGCGCCGCCGCCGCCGCGCCGCCGGCUCCUGCCCGCGGCGGCGGCCGCGCUGCCGCCGGCCGUCGAGCUCGACGUGCUCCGGCGGGCCCUGGGCCAGGCGCGCGACGACGUCGCGGACGCGCGGCGCGACGCGUCGCUCCUCGUCGACGAGCUCCGCGCCGCGAAGAGCGAGACGCGGGCGCUCCACAACUUCGUGCGCGUGCCCCUGAGCUGCCACCCGUCCAAGUUCGGCGGCGGCCUCGACCGGCCGCCGACGGCCAUGCCGCCGCACGACGCCGAGCCGGAGAACGGCUACGUCGUCACGGAGCACAGCUGGGACCUCGCGCACUGGGUCACCAAGUACUGGCCCGUCUACAUCUACAAGGAGCGCCCGGCCACCACGGCGCCGCCGUCGCCGUCGAGCCCGCGCAUCGACGACGACGAGCUCCAGGCGGAGCGCGAGCGCGAGGCCGAGGCGUCCAUGGCCCGCCUCCUCGAGGAGGCCAUGGUCGACGCGGCGCCCCUCGAGCUCCCGCCGCGCUAA